AUGUCUUUCCAAAUUCCUACCACAAAAUGCAAGACAGAAAUUCCCACCCUUGGCCAACUUGAGGGUUUUCAAUUUGCGAAUGGUGUCCAACAAUACUGUGGAAUACCAUAUGCUGACCUGCCCAAGCGCUGGACAAGAUCAACACUCAAGACUUCUUGGACAGGCUCUAAACAUGAUGGAACCAAAAUGGGAAAUGACUGUCCUCGGCCCUACUCCGAAGGAGACGACAGCGAUGACCUCGUUCCAGUGCCACCACCUGCUCACUUUCCGGAUACUCCAAAAACAGACGAACUAACUGGGCUUGUGAUGAACAUCGUAAUUCCAUUCGCCCCAGCCUCCGACAGGCGAAGUCUUCCCGUCAUGGUUUACGUCCAUGGAGGCUCCCUACUCUAUGGAGGCGCGAACCUCCCCAUCUUCAACGCUGUGAAUCUCGUUUCACAGAGUAUUAAGAUGGGGAAGCCAAUAAUAUGUGUAAAUUUCAAUUACCGCGUCGGACUCGGAGGCUUCCUCGCAAGCGAAGCCAUACGCCGUGAGUUGCAAGAUGAUGGGUUUCAGGGCUGUGGGAACUUCGGCUUCACCGAUCAGAAAGUUGCAUUCGACUGGGUUCAACGGUAUAUCGCGACCCUCGGCGGAGAUCCCGAUAAUGUCACUGCAGUAGGGGAGUCUGCUGGUGGGAUAUCGAUCAGUAACCAGCUGGCAGCUACUCAUCCACCGAGAUUCCGGCGCGCCGUCUGUAUGUCAGGACUUUCUGUCUCCAUUCCUCCUUGGACUAUCGAGCAACAUGAGGCUCUCUUCCGGGCAGUUUGUCGGUAUUUCAAGAUAGACGCUUCACAACCCGAUGUAUUGGAUCGACUCCGACAGAUUCCGCAGCAGAAAAUGGCGAAUUCGACCCCGGCCAUCCAAGGCGUUCUUUCGGGAACUGGGAACCCUUGUCUCGAUGGAUGGUUUUAUCAGACCGAUCCCUGCGAGAUACAGAAGGCACCAACAUGGCUGGAAGCCUUGAUGAUUGGAGAUACAUACCACGAAGGGGUCAUUUUCCAUCUUAAUCUUCUCGACGACGAUUUUGCUUCCAUUCGCCGAACAUUGUUAGAUCAUAUCCAAAAUGACGACGAGACAGACCAAAUCCUGAGGGAAUAUGACAUACACCACGCGCUUCCGCAUGACAUGCUUCUCGGGCGCGUCGAACACAUGUGCGGAGACGCGGUUUUCAAGAUUCCCAACUACGCCACUGCGCUAGAAAACACUACGCUUCGCGAUAAGGGUGGUCUAUUCCUGUACCAUUUUGAUCAGCGUUCUCGUCUUAAGAAUCCGCUGGAGGGGACGGCCUACCAUGCCCAUGAGCUCUUGUAUCUUUACAAAAACCUCGAGACAGAGAUGGAUGAGAGCGAAAGAGGACUGGCGGAAGGGUUUGCUACUGCUUGGAUUAGAUUCUGCAAUGGAGAGGCACCAUGGUCAGCACGCAAGGGAGAGUGGAAAGUAUGGGGACCAGGUAGUGUUCAGUCUGUCAAGAACGAGGAAGAAGAUGAAGAGACCAGAUCAUAUCAACGGAUGAAGCGGAUCCUGGCCAUGGGUAACGGAGAGACUUGGAAACGAUGGCUUGCUGGGGUGGAUGUGCUGGUUAAUAAGAGAAUGAAUAUGGGAAAGGUAGCAUAA